AUGUCUGUACCUUCAGACCAACGUGCUCACUUUCUGAGGCUCCCGGAUGAAUUAAUCCACGAGAUCUUCAAUCUCUGUCAUGUAUCUGACCACUUCAACCUUGCCCUCACAUGCCGUCGUCUUGCCGAUGGCGGAAACGCCACUCUUGAACGCCACAGGGCUGCCUACCGAGAGUACGGCGUCGUUACCGACUGGAAGUACUUGACUAUACCUUCUGCUUUGCAGAAAGUCAUUACAGAUCCAUAUGUCGCCUGGAAUUUUCGCACCAUCGAGAUAUUCGGCACGAGGUACAGCUGGGAGCAGUGGGGAGACUUCAUGUCAGAGGUGCCAUCCACAGUACGAGUCUUUCCUUCCCCAGAUCCAGAAGACAUACUGUCUUCGACCUUUGGCGAUGGUCAGACAUAUCAUCAAUUCCAGUGGCGUGAGGCUUUCGAAAAACCGCACUGGUCGGACUUGUCUGACGAAGACUGUGGGGACAGCAUGAACUAUGCAAUAUGGGGGACGACAAGACGGGAGCAAUAUGAAGAGAGCAUCAUUAGGCAGCACUUAUCUACCUACAUCGACCUACUGUUGGAGUAUGGGCAUUUUGGAUGCGAGGAUUAUCAAAUCGAGCGACUUUCGUAUCCUCUUCGCUCAGGCAACGACGGUAUCCUCAAGGCCCUGCUGAUCACUCUAUGCCCUCGGCUCAACGUCUUGAAAACUGCCAAAAGCAAUGAUGAGACAGGUAAUAAUUGCGAUUGGUAG